UUCACUUUUCACCGCCUCCCAUGAAUCUCUAAUAUUCUAUUUCCAUCCGACAGCAAGCAGUUAAAAGACUGCACACAUAUGAGAAUGUGUGCGUGCUUCUGUAUGUGCCUGUCUCUGUCCUCUCAUCACAUACAAACAUAGAGAGAGAGAGAGAGAUCAGAAAGAGAUCUUGAUCUCAUAUUUCUUCAAUUUCCUGCCUUGUUAUUUAUGUCCUUAAAGAACCUUAACUAUUAAGUGCCUAUUCUCUUCUUCUUUCUCUUAAUUGUCUUCUUCUCCCCAGCUCUUUGUUCUUGAGGUUGACACCCCCCUAUUGAUCAAAAGACUAAGAACCAGAAAAUCCCAGAAAGCUAAGAAGAUGACAGAAGAAGAAGGAAUCUCUUCCAUCUGCAGUUUGGCUGAAACCCCAAUCCCUGAAUCCAAUCCUCCUGCUAAGAAGAAGAGAAAUCUUCCAGGAAAUCCAGAUCCUGAAGCUGAAGUGAUAGCCUUGUCACCAAAGACUCUGAUGGCGACAAAUAGGUAUUUGUGUGAAAUAUGUGGGAAAGGGUUUCAGAGAGAUCAGAAUCUGCAGCUUCACAGGAGAGGCCACAACCUGCCAUGGAAGCUGAAGCAAAGAAGCAGCAAAGAGGUGCGGAAGCGCGUGUACGUGUGCCCGGAAAAGAGCUGCGUGCACCACCACCCUUCCCGGGCUCUCGGAGACCUCACCGGAAUAAAGAAGCACUUCUGCCGGAAACACGGCGAGAAGAAGUGGAAAUGCGACAAGUGCGCUAAACGCUACGCCGUGCAGUCGGAUUGGAAAGCCCAUUCCAAGACUUGUGGCACUAGGGAGUAUAGAUGUGACUGCGGAACUAUCUUUUCGAGGAGGGACAGUUUCUUAACGCACAGGGCGUUUUGCGACGCAUUGGCGGAAGAGACGGCGAGGGUUACGGCGGCGGCGGUGGCAUCGGAUAUGCACCACGCGGCGGUUCUGGGUAACAUCAGCUAUCAUUUUCUUGGAACGCCGUCGCUAGGUCCGGCGGGCAUGCCGCCGCCGGCGUCACAUUUUUCCUCCAUUUUCAAGCCGCCACCGAGCAGUGACGGCGGAGGCAAUACUCCGAUGAGGCACGGCGGCCUUCCGCCUUGGAUGGGUCAGGCUCAGAAUUCUCCGCCGGUGACAUAUACGGAUUGGGACAACCUUAUUCCGAACAAGGUUUCCGAGAAUGCCGAUGAAAUCUUGAACAAUACGAAGGAAAUGAGCGUCCCGUCGUUGUUUAGCAGCCAACUUCAGCCCCAUCAACCACCGUCUACGGCGGCGGAUAUGUCCGCCACCGCUUUGCUGCAAAAAGCCGCCCAAAUCGGAGCCACCGCCACCGACCCAUCAUUCCUAGGAAUCCUAGGAUCAAAACCCAACAACAACAUUAAUCUAGCUCAAGAUGAUCGUGGGGACCCACCUAAUGGUACACUGAAUCACCCUGAUUUACCCCUCCAAUAUCUGAUUGAAUCAGAAUAUAAAGGUCUGGAGAAUGAGAGAAUUUUGCGUUUUUGUGGGCAAGAUAAUAGUGGGAAUAGCAAUAACGGUUCCAAACUCUUUGGAUUAUAUGGAACAACGUUAACCUCAGUGGCUUCUAGGCUUGGGAGUGAAGUGGACGAUAUCCCAGGCUUGUGCCAUUUCCAGAUGUACCCUUCCAAGCGUCGACACAUACAGAAUGAGGAGGGCGGUGGAGGAGGGCAAACUAGGGAUUUCCUGGGGGUUGGGAUACAGUCCAUCUGCCACCCUUCAUCACUCAAUGGAUGGUUAUGACUUAUUAUAUGUGCAUGUAUGUAUUCAUGUUAGACUUUUAACCAGGCCUAGCUACCUUACUGCACCGUAUAAAACGUUAAUUUAUAUAUAGUUGGUCAAAAAUUAUUUUGGUUCAA